AUGAUGCGUUUAUCCUCAAAGCUGGUCGCGGCUACAUCACUAUAUCUGCGGAAGAAGAGUUUGAAGUCCUGCACCUUGCAUUCGAAAUGGACAACGUCUUCGAGCAAUGUGACCACCAAGGGCCAUACCAUGGCGGUUUAUCACCAGCAAUAUUGUCUUGUUCAACGUCUCAACGUUCUGCUGUGCGCAUCCCCUUCGUCAGCCACCGCAUUCGUCCCGGCAACAUGGAUAGAGAGCAACACUGCAUGCGAAUACGGCAGAUCCGUCGCCGAGGCCAUCUCGUGUGACUGCAAGUUUGAUGGACUAGCAAUGGCCUGGCUCCCACCUCACGACAGUGAGGAAGAGUUGGCCUAG